UUAUCUCAAAGCUAUAGAACAAUAUGGAAUAAAGUUCAUCAUGUUAGUAAAUAUAAUGAUUUUUUGUAUAUCCUCUAGAGGGCACCGCUAAUAAUAUUUUUUAAAUAUAUGUAUAUAUAUAUAUAUACAUACUUUUUGAGCGCGUUUAACUGUAAAGUGGUAAACCGUCAAUCUUUUUAUCUCGAAAAACAUUUCUUAAAUUUAAUAAGAAAUGUGUGACCUUAUAGAUUUAGACAAUUCCACGGGUACUUCAUUGAAUACAAAAUUAGCAUCGCCGUUAAUUCCGGUACCUUCAAAUAUAGAACAGAGAAAUUUAAAUAUUUGUUGUGAUAGAAAUAAUACAUUGAUAAUAGAAAAACGUGAAAGUUUAGGUAACAAUCCUUUUGAUAUGCUACUACAUAAAGCGAUAGAAUAUGUCAAUAAGGAAGAAGAUCCAUUUGAAAUAGUAUAUGAAAAAGCUUUAAAAGGAACUGACAUCGCUGUAUUAGAAAAUAAGAGCAUUAAUAUUAUAGAUGAUUUAAAAUCUACAUAUACACAAUUUUCGUGUGAAUUAAAAGAAGGUAAAGUUUUGGAUGAAUCUUUUUCAAAUCCUGAUCUUAAAAAAUCUACAGCUGAGAUAAAGUCAUUAAAUUCAUCAAUAUUAAAUCACUCUGCAAUGAAUGAUACAUUAUAUGAAACAAAUUAUAAUAGGGAAGAAAAUGAAAUUAAAUGUAUGGUUCAACAUAAAGUACCAUUACAUAUCCAAGAAACUGAAAGAGAUAUGAAAAAUUUAAUUCCAAUAAAUAUAAAGUCAAUACAAAUGCGUUCAUAUUCUCAAGGUGAUAUAAUACAUGAAUGCAAACAGCUGUUAAAAUAUAGAUCAAAUUCUGCAACAGAAACAUUAAAAACUGACAGAAUAAAUAUAAAUGAUACAGAAGGCAAGUCUUCUUCAAUAUUUAAUGAUCAACUAAAUAAAGGUUUCUUAGAAGAUCAAUACAAUGAUGUCUCUGUAUUUUCUACUAUAUCAAAUAUUUCUAGUAUUACAAGAAAUUCUGGUUCUUUAACACAAAAUUCUAUGGCCUCAAUGGUAUCAAAUAAUACUAUGAAUUUUGCCUUCUUAGAUAAUUAUUCUUCAUUGGUAUUUUGUGAUACAAAAUUAAAUGAAAGGGUGAAUAGUACUAUGAAUAAAGUAUCUGUAAGUUCUGGAACAUCAUUACCUAUUACACCAGCUCAAAAACAGAUUGAUAUAUCCGUUUUAGCACAAAAACUGAAUGAAUUAAAAUUGAAGACAUCAGAAUUACAAGUUUCUCAAAAAGAUAAUAAUGAAAGUGACAAUCAGCAUAUAAAUACAAGAGCAAUAUUUGAUGUUGAUGAUAAAUUGCUUGAUAUUGAUGUUUGUUUACCUGAAAUUACAUUUUCUAAGUUAUCUAAUAAUAAUACUAAUUCAGAUGCUUCUUCUGAUUCCAAUUUUCUUAAAAAUAAUAACGUAAAUAAAUCAAUAUUAAAUGAGGCUAAAGCUCUUGCAAAAACAUUUGAAGAAUAUGCAGAAAAAGCUUUAGGAUCAAAUUCAGAUGAACUGAUUAUAGAUGAUCCUAUGUGGACUUCAGAAUUAUUGCCAGCAUUUGAAGAUGAUAUAGUAGAUGACUUAAUUGAGGUACCAUCUUUAAAUGCUAAUAAUAGGGAAGAGAAGAUUGGUGACAUGCUAUGUUCUAAUGAUAAAACAAAAUUACAGAAUAACAUUACAAAAAAUAUAGAAAUAGUUCCUUUUAGUCAAAUUAUUGCUGAUAAAAAAGCUACAUCUACUUUAUUACUUGACCUCAAAAAAAUAGUCACAACAGAAAAUAAUUCUGAGGCUAACAGACUACUUGAAAAUUUAGAAAAAGUUUUAGGAAUUCAAUCCAGCAAUAUUGAAUUAUUAUCUGCAUAUUUGCAAACAACAAAUGAUUCAGAAAAUAUCAAAAAUACAAAAGAAGAAGAACAUGAUAAUAAGAGUCAUGUGGACGAUUUAAAAAUUCAUGAAAACAAAGAAUUAUGUUGUAAUAAUAAAAUAAAUAGUCCUGAAGUACUCAAUGAUAGUAAACAAUUAUUAAUAAAGGAAAAUAAAAUACAAAAUGAUUUACCAUUAGUAAAUACACAAACAGAAAUUUCUCCAAAGAAAGAAAGAUCUGUUGAUAUAGAAAAAAAAGAAAACGAUGUUGAUAUUAACAAUUAUACUCGGGAAAAUAUAGAAACAAAUAAAGAUGAAGAUAAUAAAACAGAGAAUAAUGAAAAAGUUGCAGUAGAGCUGCUUAUCAAUUUAGGUAAAGUAUUAAGUGGACAAUCUAACGAAUCAGCAACAUUGAAUUUGUUAAAGAAUUUAGGAGAAGUAUUAAAUUUAGUAUCAAAAAAUAAGCAAGAAAAAAAUAAUGAACAAGAUAAUAUGACUUCUACAAAUAUUGGAAGAACAUCAACUAAAGAGAAAUCUGGAAAUAAAGUACAAUCUACAAUAUCAUUAAAAGUAAAACAAAGACGAAGUUUGGACUUAAUAUCAAAGAUGAAACCAUCUAACCAGAAAGCAUUUAGAAGGAGUACUUGUAUAACUAGUGCAUCUCCUAACAAAAAGCUGCAAAAUUCAUUGGUACUUAAAGAUAAUAAUAAAUCUCAAUUAAGUAAGAGUAAAAAGCGUUUUCCUAGUGAUCCAGGUUCAAUUAAUCUGGUCUCAUUUAAAAAAGAAGUUGCUGCUAACAUAGGAGAUCAGCAAAUUAUUAAUAUACAAAAAAUAAAUACAGAAAUAAAUAACCCAAAGGAAAAACCACCUAUCAAAUUUGUUGUCAAAAAUCAAUUAAAAAACAAAUCAAAAUUCGAAAUUGUGAAUAAAAAAGGUCCUAUGAAAGCAAUUAUUCCAAUAGGAAAUAUGCACAGAAAAAGUAUUACUACACCUCCGAAAUCACCUAAGAAUGUACAACCCUGCAUUAAAAUAUUCAGUAGCACACCCAAUUCGAUGGAUAAUGAAAUUGAAUUUAAAAAAUCUCCUAAAUUAAAACCAAUGGCAUCAUCGACACCAGACUCUCUUAAACAUAAAUCUGUUGUACAAUUGCCAAUGCUUCAACGUUGCGACAAGAUAAAUGCUUCAUGCGAUAUAUCACCGAUAAACGUACAGGAGGAAAUAACUACUGAUAAAUGUAAAGUUUAUCUUAGUCCAAAAAGAGUGAAUAAAUGUUGUUCACCAAGAAGAGGGACGCCUAAAAGUCAGAUAAAAGAGUCUAGUAUUCCAAAAUAUUCCACGUCUCCCGGUGUUCUUGUAAGAGUCCCAUCGCAAGAUAUCAAUAAAUCACAAGAAAUGUCAAUAUCGUCACAAAUUUUAUCUAAAAAAGAAGAAAAUAUUUAUAAAAAAUCACCGAUGACUAGCAAAAAAAUCGGAAUAACAGAGCUGAAAAGUCCUUUAAAAGAUAGUAAUCAUAUUGUUACCAAGGGGAAACCAUUAAAUUUAACUUCUAAGCUUCGAAGAAGCAAUAAUAAAAUUAAUGGAAGUGAAAAGGAAAAUACAUUUUCAUAAUAUUCAUGGUGAAAAGCAAAUCAUCGUAUAAAUCAUUAUAUAGUAUAUUAAUGCUUUUUUUUUUUCAAGUUCCUUUUAGUCAUAUACUUUUUUCCGAGGUAAAAUUUUUGUAUUCAUUUUAUAAUAAAAUCAUUGAAAAAUGAAUAAAAGACCAUAUAAUCAAAUGCGCAUUGAUAAUAUACGAAUUGAGAACAUAAAUACAUCGAUAUUUGAUAUUAUAUAUUAUCAUCAGAGAAAAUAGACAGUUUUAUUGUACAAACGGUAGAUACCGCUAGAAGGAUAGCAAUUAUCGGACAGGUUACAAAAGUUAUACUGUUAGGACCAAGUAAAGCUAUUCAAGUAAAUUCCUAAAAAGGAAACAAUGGAACAGUUAUAUUUUGAUAGUUGAAAUAUAUUAAAUAGGUAAUACAAAAUUGACAUUGUUUCAUUCGUAUUUGACCGUGAGUCAGAUAAAAGAAAAUCUAGGAGAAGUAGGGGUAAAAAGGUCGAGGAGAGGGGAGGAGCUCGAUCGGUCGACGGAGCUGCGUCCUUCCCCUCCUGUAACUAUCAGAAGCGCGCUCCGCGUGUACCGUAGAGCGUCGAGUGCGGCUCCGCUCAUCCAUAUUCGCGUCAAAGCCGCACCCGGCGUGGCGUGGCGCGGUACGUUACAUUUACUAGCGUUACGGUGCGGUACAAUGUGUUGCGAUGUCGUGCGAUGUGGUAGAGCAGAGCGCACGUAAUUCUUAUCAAGAUAUCUUAUGUCGUUAUUCGGUACUACAAUUAUAAUCGUGUUAAAACAACACGAGCGCAAGAUUGUUGGCGCUGGAUUGGCGCUAGAUCGACGCUGGAUCGGCGCGGUACCCAGAGAGCGUAUCGAGCACGUUGAAGUGCGUUACGAUUCGUACGGAUGAGUCGAUCGGUCGAUCUUUCUCAGGCGGUUCGUGCGAAGCGCGAGAAGAAAAAGAGCGCGUCUCGCGCUUACGUCGUGCUUGUGUCGUCGUCUCCGUCUCCGUCUCCGUCGCCGUCGCCGUCGCCGUCUUCGUGCCGUCACCGUCUCGUCGUAUCGUGUGCGGAUAAACGCGCGCGCGCACGUCUUCGCUUAGCUGCACCUUGCUCGCAUGAGACAAAAAGAGGAUCGACGACGCGUCGAAUAGUAGCAAGCAAAAGUACAAACGAAAGAAAGGAAAGAAGGAAAGAAUAGAGUUCGUGCGUCUUGCAAGACAAGGAAAAUUCGAGGUAAUUUCAGUUUGAUCACCGCACCGACCAUACCACUGUAGUAAGGAGCGCGCGACAGAAGAGCUCCGGGUUACGCGCUCUUUAUCGACGUUCUCCAGACUUUUCGACCACUCGCUCCUGAUUUUAGAGCACCUAAUGUAUGCAAAAAUGUGUAUGCUCGAGCAGCGGCAAUAUUACGUAUCGUGUGACGGUACAUAAAGAUACAUACGCACUUACGUAUAUUAUAUACACAUGCAUAUAUAUAUAGAUAUAUAUACAUAUAUAUAUACAUAUAUACGUAUAUGUAUACUGCACGACACAUUUGUGUAGGCACAUAUAUGCGCGCUCUUACACAGGAAUAUACGAGUACGUAAAUGCACGUUUAUGUAGAUUUGUCCGUGGAACCCGAACGCGUUGCGACGUUUGUAGGUGUGCGGCGCGCGCUCUGCCUGCGCGUCGUUUGCAACUACGGCUGUGGGCCGCUGGCAAUCGUUCUUGCGACGCGCGUGAGAGAGGAUCGUUGUUCGUUCGGUCCUUCUUUCGUCCUCUCGUUUCUUCGUUCGUUCGUUCGUUCGUUCUUUCGUCAACCCAUUUGUUCAAUUCCCCGGUU